UGAGUUGCCAGUUCAGUUGUGCGCCACAUAAUGUUGAGUAAAGUUGGCCAGGUCGUCUAUCUCUGAUUCUUGUGCCACUAAUACUUCCUCCCCGGUCAAUUGCUGUUGCUAACAAAUUAAACAAAAAAGAAAGAAAGAAGUGCCCUGUGGAUUAAAUUUCACCUCUUGUGUGGACAUUUGGCUUCUUGUGCUCAGCAGAAGAAGGAAGUUUCUGUGGUGGAUUUUGGUGAUGAUCUCAGUAGUUCCGGGAGUGAAAUAUUUUACAACCAAGAAUCCCGCGACCGUAACGGUGAUUUUUACAAUUGGUCGUGUUUCCCAUUUCAUCAACUUCUUGGGCUAUUCAGAGAGCCAAAAGGAACAAGAUCUAUUAUCUCCGUGGUCGCUGGAUGACGCAAAGCGGAUACUGAACUCUCUGGGAUUCUUUGGUGCACCUCAAUUUAUUGGAGGGAAUUUAUCGUUCCUACUGAAGUGGUGGUGAAUGAAAAGACUUACCUUGUAAAAGUGCCAAGAAGUGGUUGUGAAGUGUAAGAUGGGAACCAAAAUUGAGUAUGUGGAUUCAAGUCAUAUGUACGCAACGAACUACAUCAGAAAUUCUAAAGCCAUUGCUGUUCUUUGGGCUAUUUUCACAAUAUGCUACGCCAUCAUCAGUGUAGUGGCCUUUGUAACACCAGAAUGGGUUGGUGAUCUCGAUGGAGACAAUUCCGGACGAUUGGGUUUGUGGCAAGUCUGUCAGAAGGACGAAGUAUCGGAGAAUUGCCAAGGACAGCUGGACGAUGUGAUGUCUCUGUCAUCUCUGGCAUUUCAGGUGGCAACGAUCUUUGUGGGACUGUCCGUGUUGACCUCAUUGCUGACCAUUUGCUCACUCAUCCUCAUGUUCUUCAUGCGAUCUACCACAGUUUUUCACAUUUGCGGAUGGAUGCAAAUGCUGUCAGCCAUCUGCAUGAUCAUCGGCUGCCUGGCCUAUCCAUUUGGUUGGAAUUCUGAUGACUUCCGCAAGGUCUGUGGUCCAGAGUCCAAUCGCUUUGAGCCUGGUUUAUGUGGCAUCCGAUGGGCCUAUCCCUUGGCCAUUAUUGGAUGUGUCGAUGGUAUUAUCCUGUCAACUCUUGCCUUCAUCCUUGCCACGCGCCAUGUUCGUCUGCAGCCGGAGCCCAUGUACCAGAGUUCAAUGUACAAAGGUGAAGUCAACAAUGCCUAUCUCACGGAUGUCGCUAGCAUCGCUGGCUCACGUAAAUCUCUGAAUCUUCAACCGGUUCUGCUAGUAACGCCACCACAUCAUAUGGGCGGCCAACAUGGAGACGACACCAUCUCACAGUUCUCAAGUCGCACACCUAGCCGAUACAACCGACCCGAUUUCCACAAUUCCAUGCAUCAAUUCCAACUCUAGACACCCUAGACACAUUUUGUGGAACUCCUUCCCUGGGUUUACAAUGCGCCAUAGGCUUGUUGGUCUCUAUGGAUUUUCUUGAUUGAAGUGAAAAAAAAAAGUGUAAAAAAUAUUUAAAAUAGUGAGAAUAGCGGUGAAAUUUAAUUGUAAUUCUCUUCAAGUAUUUUUGUAUCGUAAACUUAGCACUCAAUAUAUAUUUUUUUUAAAGAAGAAA